UGGGCGGCGGCUCCGCGAUCUCCGCCGCGAUGCUGCCGCUGCUCCGCCGCGCUUGGGCGGCCGCCGUCACCUCCUCCUCCUCCUCGUCCUCCUCCUCACGGCGGGGUAGCCGCCGGUGCAGCCUCGGCGCCUGCUGCUCCUACCGCCUGCGAGACGCCCUGCAUCCGCUGUGGCAGAGCCCGCUGACAAUUCCCGGAGGCACCCGCCAGUCUCCCAUCAACAUCCAGUGGAGGGACAGUGUUUAUGAUCCCUUCCUGAAGCCUCUGAAAAUCAGCUACGACCCCACCACCUGUCUUCACAUCUGGAACAAUGGCUACUCCUUCCUGGUGGAGUUUGAUGAUUCUACUGACAGAUCAAUCAUCGUUGGAGGCCCCUUGGAAAACCAGUACAGGCUAAAGCAGUUCCACUUCCACUGGGGAGCUGUCAAUGACUGGGGCUCAGAGCACACAGUUGACUGUAAAUUUUACCCAGCAGAGCUGCAUUUGGUGCACUGGAAUGCUGUGGAGUACCCGAGUUUUGAGGAAGCUGUGAUGGAAGGGAAUGGCCUGGCUGUUAUUGGAGUGUUCUUAAAGCUGGGAGCACGGCACGAGGGGCUGCAGACCCUGGUGGAUGCCCUGCCAGCAGUCAGACACAAGGACACUGUGAUUGAGUUUGAUGUCUUUGAUCCCUCAUGCCUGAUCCCUUCCUGCCCUGAUUACUGGACCUACGCUGGCUCCUUGACCACUCCCCCCCUCACUGAAUCAGUCACAUGGAUCAUUAAGAAGAAGCCAAUCGAGGUGGAUGAGGAUCAGCUGGAGGCCUUCCGGACGCUGCUGUUCACGUCGGACGGGGAGGAGGAGAGGAGGAUGGUGGACAACUUCCGCCCGCUGCAGCCGCUGAUGAACCGCACCGUGCGCUCGUCCUUCCGCCCCCAGCUCAGCCCCUAGCUGGCCCAGCACCCUCGGCAUGUUCCAGCAUUUCCCCUUCUUUCCGUGCCCUCCCACUGCCAGUGCUCCUUGGCUGUCCCUAGGGAAGCUGUGGGGGUUUUUAGUGCUGUUUUUUUUAAGACGUGAGGGAUAUUAACCCUUAAUGAAUUGACUUGUUCUGAGGCAGGGAGUCAAGAAGGAAUUAUUAAGACAGUUAAAAAUAAGGGCAGGAGAGCUCGUCCCCUGCUCCUUCUCUGAAUUGUUCUGUGUUUCUUCAGAUGCUCUUUCAGUGCCUUGCAUGAAUUAAUAAUCCUGGGUAAAAAUUGUUAAGAAGGAGGAAGUGGGAAGAAAAGAAAGAUACA